GUAGAACGCUGCGAACCCCAGAAAAACUUCCCUCGUUCCUCACGUGCCGCGCACAACACACAGAGGCACAACUUUCGCCAUUUUCAGUUCUUCAACUCUUGAUUGUUGACAUCGUUCUUCUUUCUGGGUUUACCUGAAAGUGGGGUCGUAGCUGAACAAUGGCUUUCUCUCAGACUUUGCCAUCUUCUUUUGCUCCCACCUUCGAGAAAUCUUCAACCCCAGCUCCAGUUUCCAUUUCUUCCUCAGUCUCUUUCCGUUUUUGCCCUUUAUUUCUCAAGCGCAAGAAACCCCUUUUUUCGAUCAGGUCAGCCGCUGUGGAAGCGCCGUUGGCAGCUGGUGGAUUGGCGCCGGCUAUUACCCUGACGGACACUGCUCUAAAGCACCUAAGUAAAAUGAGAUCUGACAAUAAUGAAGACCUGUGUCUUAGAAUUGGUGUUAAACAAGGUGGAUGUUCUGGCAUGUCUUACACUAUGGAGUUCGAGAGCAAAGACAAUGCUAAGCCUGAUGACUCUGUCAUGGAGUACGAGGGUGUGGUUAUAGUUUGUGAUCCAAAGAGCCUCCUGUUUCUGUAUGGUAUGCAACUUGACUAUAGUAAUGCUCUCAUUGGAGGAGGCUUCAACUUCAAGAAUCCAAACGCCACCAAGACUUGUGGUUGUGGCAAAUCAUUUGCUGCCGAGAUGUGAAAGAACAAGUUAAUAUAGAUAAUAGACCAUGUAUAUUUGCAUCAUGCAAUUGUUGUUAUCAUCGUGGGCUUCAAGUCUUUGUACUUGCCUUGUAUGUUGAAAUAGUUUGAUUCCAGAAUUAUAAUGGAUGAAUUUCUGUGCUCUGGUUUA